AUGAGUCUGUGCUCCAACAUCAAGUUCCACGGGUAUUUGAUCGUGGUGUUUUCGGCGCUGCUCACCACAACCGUGCUGAUCAGUUCCACCAUCCUGAAGCUGAUGUACCGUGAGACGGAGGAAGUCAACGUUCCGCCGGAUUUGCGUGAUCUUGUAGACUACGGAUGGUUCGAUUUCACCGGAGAUAUUGUGCACCUGGUAGCGAUUUGUGUUCUUUGCUACGGCAUAAGAAAGGAGAAUCGCUUCUGCCUCAUGCCGUUCCUGGUGUCGAUCGUGUUCGACUGGAUUGCGUACCUCAUAGCGAACACCCGCGGCGGAUCGGCCCUCCCCUACCAGGUGUGGCUUGUAACCACCGCCAUGUUCCUGUACGUGUUCGUCACACUCAUCGGCCUGUACCGGCUGUUCCAAAUCAAAGCGAACGAAGGUGCCAACCGAUCGGAGGAAUUCAACAAAACGAUCUGCCUGUGA